AUGGGUAAGGACGACAAGGGACACAUUAACUUGGUCGUUAUCGGCCACGUCGAUUCCGGCAAAUCCACCACUACUGGUCACUUGAUCUACAAGUGCGGUGGUAUCGACCAGCGUACCAUUGAGAAGUUCGAGAAGGAAGCCGAAGAGUUGGGCAAGAAGUCCUUCAAGUACGCUUGGGUUCUUGACAAGCUCAAGGCCGAGCGUGAGCGUGGUAUCACCAUCGAUAUCGCCCUCUGGAAGUUCGAGACCCCCAAGUACAAUGUCACCGUCAUUGACGCCCCCGGUCACCGUGACUUCAUCAAGAACAUGAUCACUGGUACCUCCCAGGCUGACUGCGCUAUUCUCAUCAUUGCUGCCGGUACUGGUGAGUUCGAGGCUGGUAUCUCCAAGGAUGGCCAGACCCGUGAGCACGCUCUGCUUGCCUUCACCCUCGGUGUCAAGCAGCUCAUCGUUGCCAUCAACAAGAUGGACACCACCGGCUGGUCCGAGGAGCGUUUCAAGGAAAUCAUCAAGGAAGUCACCAGCUUCAUCAAGAAGGUUGGCUACGACCCCAAGGGUGUUCCAUUCGUUCCAAUCUCUGGUUUCAACGGUGACAACAUGAUUGAGGCCUCCACCAACUGCCCAUGGUACAAGGGAUGGAACAAGGAGACCAAGGCUGGUGGUGCCAAGACUGGAAAGACCCUCCUCGACGCCAUCGAUGCCAUCGACAUGCCAACCCGUCCUACCGACAAGCCCCUCCGUCUCCCACUCCAGGAUGUCUACAAGAUCUCUGGUAUCGGAACUGUACCAGUCGGUCGUGUUGAGACCGGUAUCAUCAAGCCCGGUAUGGUCGUCACCUUCGCCCCCGCCAACGUCACCACUGAAGUCAAGUCCGUCGAAAUGCACCACCAGCAGCUUGCACAGGGUGUCCCCGGUGACAACGUUGGCUUCAACGUCAAGAACGUUUCCGUCAAGGAAGUCCGCCGUGGUAACGUUGCCGGUGACUCCAAGAACGACCCACCAUCCGGCUGUGCCUCCUUCAACGCCCAGGUCAUCGUCCUUAACCACCCCGGCCAGAUCGGUGCUGGUUACGCCCCAGUCCUCGACUGCCACACUGCUCACAUUGCUUGCAAGUUCGCUGAGCUCCUCGAGAAGAUUGACCGCCGUACCGGUAAAUCCGUCGAAGCCAACCCCAAGUUCGUCAAGUCUGGUGAUGCCGCUAUCGCCAAGAUGGUUCCCUCCAAGCCCAUGUGCGUUGAGGCUUUCACUGACUACCCCCCACUUGGUCGUUUCGCCGUCCGUGACAUGAGACAGACCGUUGCCGUCGGUGUCAUCAAGGCUGUUGAGAAGGCCGCCGGUGGUGCUGGCAAGGUCACCAAGUCCGCUGCCAAGGCUGGCAAGAAGUAA